AUGGCUGAUGUUUGCGGGAAAUUUUGUAACACGCUGAUUGCAGGGUAUGGCUCAACGGAACUGUCUGUAGUGGCAUUCAUUGAAGUGAAAGACAACAUGGAACUAGGAGCGCUUGGGUCUCUAUCAGACGGAAUGGAGGUAAAAAUUGUUGACGAAGAUUGGAAUACGGUACAUCGGGAAGAGCUCGGGGAAAUCUGCAUCAGAUGCCCCUGGAUGUUAAAGGGCUAUCGAAACGUACCAGUGACCGACCGUAUAACCCUCAUCGAUGGAUGGAUGAAUACUGGAGACAUCGGAUUUAUAAGGAGUGAUGACAGCCUCUUCAUCAAAGGCAAAGUAGAAAAUGUCAUAAAACGAAUGACUCUUACAAUACAUGUACUUUCUGGAGAUGUGGAGGAAUGUAUCACGGAAAUACCAGAAGUUAAAGCUGCUGUCGUGGUUGCAGUUCCGGAUCAACGGGUAUACGAAGACGUGUGCGCAUGCGUGGUUCUGGAUCAUAUCACUGGCAUAACUAUGGCGAAUGUCGAGUUGAAUUGCAGGAAAAGGCUUGGUGACACCAUCACCUGUGAUGCUCCUACGUAUUAUUUUCGUUUUGAAGCAAUAUCCAGACUGAAUUCUGGGAAACCAGGUAGGAUGAAAGUCAAACAGCAUGCUUUGGAAAUGCUUGAUAUCUCAUAA